AUGAUGGAAUCUAGUAAUGUUGUUAUUGAUGACUCUUUGAAUGAUUCAAUCCCUUGUUAUGAUGAUGAUGUUAACUUGUUUGAAAUGGAAAAGGAAAACCUUGUCUCAGUUGUCACUGAACUACCUCCACCUAAAUCUAUUGAGCCUAUACCUCAUGAGGUUGUUCAUACAGAACCAGUGGAACCUAGUCCUGCUCCUUGGGUUGGUAGAAACCAUACUAGUGAUGUCAUCCUAGGUGACCCCACUUUGGAGUUAAAACAAGAAAUCAGUCAUGUGUGUUUUAUGUCUCAAAUUGAACCAAAGAACAUCAAGGAAGCUCUCUCCCUUGAUGAUUGGGCCCUCUAUGGUCUUAAACAAGCCCCUAGAGCUUGGUAUGAAAGGUUGUCUAGUUUUCUCUUAGCAGAAGGUUUUAUUAGAGGAUCUACUGAUAAAACCUUAUUUGUAAAAACUUGCAACUCAGAUAGGAUCAUUGCUCAGGUUUAUGUUGAUGACAUUGUUUUUGGGGCCACUUCGAAAAAAUUAGUGAAUGAUUUUACUAAACUGAUGGAAAGUGAAUUUGAAAUGUCUAUGGUUAGAGAACUCACCUAUUUUCUUGGUCUUCAAGUAAAACAAUGUAUUGAUGGGAUAUUCAUUUGCCAAUCCAAGUAUGCUAAAGAUAAUGUCAAAAAAUUUCACUUGGAUAAUGCUAGGAAAGCUAGAACUCCCAUGUAUAGCAAAACUGAAAUAAGUGCAGAUUUAAAUGGUGAUUCUGUUGAUAAAAAAACUUAUAGGAGCAUGAUAGGAAGCUUGCUUUACUUAAUUGCCAGCAGACCCGACAUUGCUUUUAAUGUUGGACUAUGCGCUAGAUUUCAAGCUAAUCCAAAAGAACCCCAUCACAAAGCUGUGAAAAGGAUUAUCAAGUAUAUGAACUCUACCAUUGAUCAUGGUCUUUGGUAUUCUAGGUAG